AUGCGAAAAUCGCAAGAAACGAGACCUUUUCUUCCUGAUCGAAAACAUUCCGACUCUUACAUGGAAAUACAAGAUGGUGUACAUUAUAGUUCACUCGAUUCACGGAUCCGUUUGGCUCGACAGCGCAGAACAAGACGCUGUGCACUUGUGUUUGUAGUCAUUCUUUUCAUCGCCAUCUUAGGAGGGCUUUUGUAUUAUUAUUUCUCGCGCAAAGUAAAGGAAUACGAAAAUGCUGAGGAAACUCAGAGCAACAAAGUUGAACUCAAGAGUGGUUCAGUGCGUGGAAUAUUCGAGAAUGAUGCUGUUGUGUUCAAGGGCAUUCCGUAUGCACUGGCUCCCGAAGGAGAUUUGCGUUGGAAGGCGCCUAUUGCUUGUAAAAUAAACAAUUGCUGGAGAGGAACUUUUGAAGCAAGUGAAUUUGGAACUAUGUGUGCCCAGCAAGAUGUCCUAAACAAAACGGAUCCCACCAGAGUCAUCGGUACCGAAGACUGUUUGUUUAUUAAUGUUUGGACGCCAAAGAAAAGGCCCAGUGAAAAGUUGCUGCCCGUGCUAGUAUACAUUCACGGUGGAUACUUGCUGUAUUGCUCAGGAAAUUGGAAUGGGCUAAGUCCGUCUGCUGAAUUGGUGACUGAGAUAAACGUGGUUGGAGUUUCUUUUAAUUACAGACUGAAUGCAUUUGGUUUUUUAGCUUUGAAGUCUCUGGCAGAUGCACCACAUUCUAUAACCUCUGGAAACUAUGGUUUUAUGGAUCAGAUCUUGGCAUUAAAAUGGGUUAAAGAAAAUAUUGAGAAAUUUGGAGGUAAUCCCGCCUCUGUUACUCUGAUUGGUCAAAGCUCCGGUGCAACGUCUCUUCUAGCGCUUCUUGCUGCACCUGCUGCAAAAGGACUUUUCCAUCGUGCAAUUCUCAUGAGCGGCUCACCAAUUUUCAACAAGUCAUCGGAAGAUGCAGCUCGUGACAAUGAGAUUUUUGUAAAAAAGUCUAACUGCGUAAGAAACAACUCAUCUGCUGAGCGAGAAUGUUUGUAUUCACUUACUCCCAAGGAAAUUGAAGAUGCAAUUCCAUGGGAUGUGUAUCCAUACUGGCGCAUGACAGAUCAAAAUGAUCUGCCCACUAAAAACAUGUUUGAUGGUGCUGUUGCUGUAGUUGACAAAGUUGUAGUGCCACAUCCUCCCCUUGUUGCUAUAGCAACAGGAAGAGCAAGUGAUGUACCAUUGAUUAUUGGAACAACAGCACAGGAGACAAAUUUUCAGCCAGUUAAAAACUUUGAGAAUUCUACUUGGGCUGAUUAUAGUGCUUAUGUCAAGGAAAAACUGUUUCCUUUUAUUGGAGAUAAUGUCAGUGAAGUGUUGGGUAUGUACAACAAAAGUGUAUCUGAAGGUUCUGCUCUUCAGUUUUUUUACACUUCCAUGGCAUCUGAUGUCAGAGUAACUUGUCCGAAUAAUGUCCUCACUCACAGUGCAUCUACAGUUUUCAAGAGUCCCAUUUAUCGUUAUGUGGUGACAAAUUCCCCAUCUGCUCCGAUAAAUUUGAUUGGAUUUCCAGCGACACUUGCUUGCCACAUGUGGGACUUGGUUGCAUUUUUUGGUUUUCCAAAAGACUUUCAGUACUGUCCUUCUGAAAAAGACCUGAGGUUCAUGAGGGAUCUGAGAACAGAGUUUAGUAAAUUCAUUCAUAACAAACCUUUCACAAGUUGGGGUAAAUAUCCUCAAAAUACUUCUGUCUUUACUGAUGGAGGGGAGAAAAUUCUUGGGAGGGAUGGAUAUCAUAAGAAGGAGUGUGACUUUUGGCUUGACAAUGGAUUUUUUCCAUACGCAUGGAUAAAUUAG